UAUGGCCAAUCAGCGGCGGCGUUACUUUUGCGGCUCCACGUCGGCACCAGCUGCGGGGCAAGAUGGAGGCGCUGAUUUUGGAACCUUCCCUGUAUACUGUCAAAGCCAUCCUGAUUCUGGACAAUGAUGGAGAUCGACUUUUUGCCAAGUACUAUGACGACACCUACCCCAGUGUCAAGGAGCAAAAGGCCUUUGAGAAGAACAUUUUCAACAAGACCCAUCGGACUGACAGUGAAAUUGCCCUCUUGGAAGGCCUGACAGUGGUAUACAAAAGCAGUAUAGAUCUCUAUUUCUAUGUGAUUGGCAGCUCCUAUGAAAAUGAGCUGAUGCUCAUGGCUGUUCUGAACUGCCUCUUCGACUCAUUGAGCCAGAUGCUGAGGAAAAAUGUAGAAAAGCGAGCACUGCUGGAGAACAUGGAGGGGCUGUUCUUGGCUGUGGAUGAAAUUGUAGAUGGAGGGGUGAUCCUAGAGAGUGAUCCCCAGCAGGUGGUACACCGGGUGGCUUUAAGGGUAAGCAGGAAUGUGUUUCUCUGCAUCCCCGCAUCUAUUCACAAACACCCUCCAGAGCCAGACCUGCUGGAUGUGUCCAGUAGUUGGGGCUCAUAGGAUACAUAUAACCUUCUCUUUUUCUUUCAAAUACAUUCAGCCUUUCUCUUCCCUUCUCUUAUUGUCCCAAAGAAAGAAGCAGAAAUAACUUAUUUCUACCCCAAUAUGGUGCCUAACAUCUCAUACAGUCUUUGCACAAAGUGGACAUUUAAUACAUACUUAUUUAAUAAAUGAUAAAAUAAACUUUAAUAUUUAUGGUUUUGAAAUUAUAAAGGAACUUGAAGUUGGCUUAUUCCCUUCUUGGAGAUGGAUCCAAUCAUCUGAGGCAGAAGAGUGUCUGUUUUGUCUUUUAAAGUGUUACAUAGGGCUGGGCGUGGUGGCUCACACCUGUAAUCCCAGCACUUUGGGAAGCCGAGGCCAGUGGAUCACAAGGUCAGGAGUUCGAGACCAGCCUGACCAACAUGGUGAAACCCUGUCUCUACUAAAGAUACAAAAAUUAGCUGGGUGUGGUGGUGCGUGCCUGUGAUCCCAGCUACUCAGGAGGCUAAGGCAGGAGAAUCGCUUGAGCCCGGGAGGUGGAGGUUGCAGUGAGCGAGAUUGCACCACUGCACUCCAGCCUGGGCGACAGAGCGAGACUCUGUCUCAAAAAUAAAAAAUAAAAAAAAUAAUAAUAAUAAAGUGUUACAUAACUGAGGAUGGUACCUCUCCAUUAGGAAGUACUUAUUUGCCAGAACCUCAGUCCUCUUUGGUGCUAGUGAUAUCAGAAAGGGGCCUCUGAGUUAACCAUAGAAGGCCCCAGGUCAGCUGAGGAGAUAAUGGUGGAUGCAGAGAGAGCCCACCAACAAAUUACACGGGUGCAAAGAUGUCUGAGCAAAGCAAAUCUCCCCAUUCACAGAAUGUCCUGGCUCUGACCUCCACAGAGUGAAAGCUGACAGUGCUUGAUAAUGGGAAAUCUUCUCUCUUAACUGCUGUGGGCUCCAUUUGCAUAGUUUAAUCUUCUCCUCUAACAUAUGUCUCUAUGUGGCAAGAGAGAGGGUCCCCCCCACCAACUCCCUUCUUUGUCUUCUUAGGCUGCUGUUGCAGCAGUUUAUUUCUUCAAAUUAACAUGCUGUCGUUACCCAUCAGGCUUUGCGGGAUCCAUUAAACCACUCCUGGCUCCCCCUCAUCCUUUCCCUAGUGAUACUGAUACUCAGAGAAGGCCUUUUCUGACUAGGGAAUCAGGUCCUUCACCCCCAAGUUAAGGGAGUUGAGGAUCAGAUAACCUGCUGGUUACUCGGAAUGGAGUUAAAUCUUUUAAGAAGUCCUUCUGCCUUAAAAUGGAAGCUGGAUGAAAUGACCCUUUUUUGUUCAUAGUCCCUCUGGCCAAGUAAAAUUGUAGCUGUACUAGUCCCUAGAAGGGACUGAGAAGUUCAGUGCAUCUGCCCUUUGUUUCAGUUUAAAGGAUCACUUUUUUCUUCUCUAAUACCAGACUCCAAUCAGGUCUUACUCCAGCUUUCUCCCACACUAAAUGCUUGUGUCUCUGUGCCAUAGGGUGAAGAUGUCCCCCUUACGGAGCAGACCGUGUCUCAGGUAUGACUCUCCCUUCUUCCUUUCCAGAGGGACUGGGUCACUAAAGAGGCUAGAACAGCAUUCCACCUAUACCUCCCAAGUCUGAGUGAGACUAGAGACUCAAGACACAUCUUCCUUGGCUCCCUCUUAUUCCAGAGAACUGGGACUCAUACAGCCAGCCACUCCCUACCCCUACUUCCAACUCCUUUCUCAGUUUCCUGUGAGCAGUGCCUGUCAGCCUUGCUCUGUACCCUUCAAACCCUCCCUGCCUGAUGCCUCAUUCAGUGAUUUAUUCCCCAGCAGAGGCUUGCCUUAAGCAGAUGGUCUGUGUGCAUUUGUGCACACACUCUCUCUUUCUCUUACUAUUCAAAUGAGGGCUAAGCUGGAAAUGCAUAUUCUAGAAUAUGCAGGUUUUGCAGAUCCAUCUUGCUACCUUGACUGCAGAUAGAUUGUCUACCUGAUGUAGGGGGAAGGGAGGGGUUCCGUUUUCUACCCAUUUGGAAUUCUCACCAAGAAGUCUGGAUUUGUUACCCGCCCCCUGCCUGCCGCCCCUUUUAACAUAUGUCCAGUAACUCCCAUUUUUUUUUUUUCUUUUAUACCAGGUAUACCUCUUCUCUCUUCAUCCCCUCAGUGGAUUUGAAUUUUUUUGGAAUUUUCCAAUCUCCUAGGGCCUUAGAGAGCUUCUUCCCAUCUCUUUACUCUUGGGGAUUUUCUAUUCUCCAUUCUUCUAAAGACAGGGAAGACAAGUGAGGGGAAGGAGAUCCCCAGCCCUCAUCCCUACCCUGCCCUGUCAGCAAGCUUUCCUCAAUGCUGCUCUUAUCUCUGCAGGUGCUGCAGUCAGCCAAAGAACAGAUCAAGUGGUCACUCCUUCGGUGAAGAUCCCACUGUUCCUGGCUCUUCAUCCUCUUCAAAAAAUUCGCAUGUCUGCUGUGAAUUUUCAUCUAGUUCCCCAAUCGAUGCUCUCAGGGUCAUCUCGGGGAUCACAGGGAUCCUUAAAUCUCCAUUCUGUUUGUGGUUGCCCCCCCCAACCUCCCCUACACCCUUCCUAUUCUUUUUCAUUCUUCUUGCAGUUCUGGGAGUAAAGCUCCCAGCAUAUUUAGAUAAUAGGGCAGGGGAAGCACCCUCUUUCUUUCUAGACUGGAUUAUGCUCACAUGCUCCCCUGCCCUGACAUUUUUGUAAAUUCUGUGCCCUUUGCUGUAGCUACACUUCAGAUUAAAGUAGGAGAAAGAA